AUGGCUGUUGCAAGACCCAUUCGCAUGCUGGGCGCAGCGUCCAUUGUGCUGUGUCUCUUCCUUAUCUUCCAACUUAACAAGGGCCCAACUCCUCUGGUCGGCCAGGGGAGGUCAUACAAUGGCAUGAAGUCGGACCCUCUCUUAGAACCGACUGGAGAGCCCCAAGGUCAAUUAUGGCACGUGGGCGACGGCGACUACUCCCCCAACAGCGCCGACUCUGCUCGCACCAACGCCGCGCUCAUUUCCCUCGUACGGAACGAAGAACUUGACGACUUGAUUCCCACUAUUCGCGACUUGGAACGGACCUGGAACAGCAAGUUCAAUUACCCUUGGAUCUUCUUCAACGACGUCCCAUUCACGGAGGAGUUCAAGAGGCGGACAAAGGCUGAAACGAAGGCGAAGGUUUACUAUGAGCAAAUCCCCAAGGAUCACUGGUCGGUUCCCGACUGGAUCGACAUGGACCUCUUCUAUGAAUCUGCGGAGAUACUGAAGGAGCAGGGCAUCCAAUACAGUGACAAGAUGUCCUACCACUUGAUGUGCCGCUGGAACAGUGGCAUGUUUUACAAGCAUCCGAUCCUCAAGGACUACCGCUACUACUGGCGUGUGGAGCCUAAGGUCCAGUACUUCUGCGAUGUCGACUAUGAUGUUUUCCGGUACAUGGAGGACCGCAACACCACAUACGGUUUCACCAUCAAUUUGUUUGAUGCGCCGCAAAGUAUCCCUACGCUUUGGCCGGAGACCAAGAAGUUCAUUGCUGCGAACCCCUCCUACGUUGCUGAUAACAACAUGAUGGAAUGGUUGACGGAUGACCAGCUGCGGCCUGACCACACUAAUGAUGCUAACGGUUACUCCACCUGCCACUUUUGGUCGAACUUUGAGAUCGGUGACUUGGAUUUCUUCCGGAGUGACAAGUACGAGGCGUACUUCCAGCACCUGGACCGUGCUGGUGGAUUCUUUUACGAGAGGUGGGGUGAUGCGCCGGUUCACUCGAUUGCUCUGGGUCUGUUUGAAGAUGCGGCCAAGGUUCACUGGUUCCGCGACAUCGGAUACCGUCACACCCCAUACUUCAACUGCCCCAACUCUCCCAAGUGCUCCGGCUGCACUCCUGGCAAAUUUUACGACGGUGAACCCUUCCUGGCCAAGGAAGACUGCCGGCCAAACUAUUUCAGAUACGUUGGGACGCAUUAA